AUGCGCUCGACCUCCACACUUCUGGCCCUGGCGGCCGUUGCACCGGCUGUGCUGGCCAAGAUUGACUUUCUGGGCGUUGCCAUGUCCGGAGUCGAUUGGGGUUGCGAUAUUGACGGCACAUGUCCAGCCACUGGUAUCCAGGUCCCUAUCGCGUCACAAGGCGGCGCCGACAGCGCCGGACAGAUGAAGCACUUUGUCAAGGACCGCAAGAUGAACAUUUUCCGCAUUCCCAUGUCGUGGCAAUACAUCACAAACAAUAAUGUCCAGGGCAACUUUGACGAUACAAACUUUAACAAGUUCGACGCUCUGAUGCAAGCCUGUAUUGAGACUGGUGCCUACUGCAUGAUCGACCUGCACAACUUUGCCCGCUAUGACAAGGCAAUCAUCGGCAGCGGCGGUCCCCAGGACGCCGGCUUUGUCAACCUCUGGACCAACCUCGCCAAGUACUACGGCGACAACGACAAGAUUGUCUUUGGCCUGAUGAACGAACCCCACGACCUCCCUGUUCUCAAGAACUGGGUCGACAUGUGCCAAAAGGCUGUCACUGCCAUCCGCAACACAGGUGCCACGAAGCAAAUCAUUCUCCUCCCCGGCGACAACUUCUCGUCUGCUGCCUCGUUCGUCUCCACAGGGUCAGCCGAGGCGUUGAGCACCAUUAAGAACCCCGACGGCACAACCGACAACCUGCUGCUCGAUCUGCACCAGUACCUCGACAUCAACAACUCUGGCCAGCACAAGGAGUGCACCACCAACAACGUGGAGGGCUUCAAGACCAUUGCCAAGUGGCUCCGCGAUAACAAGCGCCGCGCCAUUGUCUCCGAGACUGGCGCCUCUACGGACCCGUCGUGCAUAACCAAGUUUUGUGAGCAGAACCAGUUUAUUGCUGCCAACACAGACGUCUUUGCCGGCCUUGUCGGCUGGUCUGCCGGCGGCUUCCACACCGAUUACAUCAUGUCUCUUACCCCCACGCAAAACUCGGACGGCACCUGGUCCGACAACGAGCUCAUGAAACAGUGCAUCGUCGACGUCUUUGGCGAGUCGUCGCAUCCUCCUACCGGUGCUCCUUCGCACGUUGCUCCUAAGCCUUCCAAGACGUCUGCGGGUCCCGCCGCUGCUACUGCUGGUGCCGCCGAUACUAACAAGAACAACAACAAGUCUACAGGCGCUGCUACGGGUACCGCUGUUGCCCGCGCUGGCUUCGUCUUGACUGCCAUGGCUGCCCUUGCGGCGCUCUGGUAA